GGAUUGAGGGUGGGGUUGCUGUUCGAAGAUGUUUUAAAAACGGUACUUGGGAGUGGUGAUGAAAGAGACAUCUUGAAUGCCAACGUAUCAGAAACUACAGAAGCCGCAGAUUCUAAAUCCAAAAGCCACACGUGCUUUAAGAGGUUCGCCACCUGAGAACUGUAAUUAGGUAGAUAGUUAAGAAUACUGCGAAUCUACCAGAAGCUCCUUGCCCCCUGGCCCCAUGUUCACGCUAGUCUCGUGGUUUCUGAUAGCUGCUCUUACAAGGCUAGCUUUGAUAUUUGACUUUACAGUGUUAAAACUUCGUGUCCCUGCUGCAGGCUGAGAAAUUAUAUCUUUUGACUUAUAUGGAGAUGUUAUAUAUUUGGGAAGAUCUGGUCAGGUUGCCAGGCUAUUUUAUAUUUGAAACAUGAUGAUUUGACAUUUGUAAAUUGAUUUGUUUUCCCUUCCUUUUAGUCUCACCGCCGACUUUUAGUACGAAAAUCUGUAAAGAGCUACUCUUAGAUGAUCUAGUUUGUCGUCUUCGAUUGAGGCUGAUUGGCUCGGAAGCACUUUAGAUAAUGGCAACUUUGGUUUAUGAGAACUUUUCUCGAAACUGUGUAUCUGUUCUGGCAUCAAGCGGUCCUUAAACGUGGAGGGGGAGGGCCUUCUCACAGGCCUUCUCUUUAGCAAUAUUUUCACCAAGUCCCUCCCUGGUUGCCACAGUUUCAGGUUGUACCGUGUCUCCGUAUUAUGGUGUAAUAGAAUGAGAUUGCUGUUUGAUUGUUUCAGUAGAUUUGUUGGAGAUAUUCAAUUUGUUCUUAUGCCCCAAAUCAAUACAAAUCUUUGGAGCUCAAAAGGAAUAGAAAUAGUGUUGGCAGAAGAAUGACUUUAAGAGACGUAGCAUUUAAAAAAAAUCAGUCUUUUGUGAAAAUUGUAAUUUUCAAGUUUUCUCAUUUUAAAUAAUAGUGGCAGCUGUUUGCUUCUGUGGGAGAUAUUUCUGUGUUCCAUAUCGUAUGGAAUAUUAUGAGAGAAAAGUGAAGUAAUGCUGUGCUUCCCAUGUUUCUCUGAUAAGCAUCAUCUGCUAACCAUGCAGAUUACCAAUAGGCUUUUUUCCAUUAUGAUUGCAUUCAGAUUGGGGGCCAGAGACCUGUUUAAGUGCAUUCUAGGUGAUGCUUAUCAAGGAGGAGAGGAAAGCACAAAACUCAGGUGGUUCCCAGUAUGAUCCCCAGUGAGUUCACCUGUGCUAGUUUAUUUAAUCUUCACAACCACCCUAGGAGAAAGGAAUGCCUGACCUUAUUUUAUAAUUAAAAAAAAACAAAAACCUGAGACUGCCCAAGGUUAAGUGACUUAGAUUGGAUCACAGGAGGGUCGCUUCACUUCUGCCUUGCAGGGGUCCCAGGAAGCCUCUGUAGCAGAUGUUCCUCACAGGUUCUUCCAUUCAUUUGCUUGUCUUUCUCCUGUGCCUUCCACCCGCUCACUUGUAUCCCCCUCUCCUAUCUGAACACACCUUCUUAAUUACGCCUCAGGCUUGGCUUCUUGAGCAGAUGCUCUACAUACUUUGUCUUUCCUCUUGUUAGUUUCAGACUUUCAACAGUUAUCUUCUAUCUUCUCCACAUCUUUGACAUGCCCCUUGGGUGGGUUGUGUCUGGCCAGGUUUACAAGGGCCUGUUAUUGCCAAUAGCUUAUGUUCUGAAUGUUCUUUUCAUUCUGAAUAUAUUUUCAGGGAAGUUCCUUUUUGCCUGGAAGAAAUCUUCGCAGGGCUACCUCCUCACUAUCACUGUUGAAUCUCUCUCUCCUGCUUAUCCUAACUACAGUGGAUAACAGCAUACACCACAGUUUCCAGUUGAACCCUGAUGAGUUAAAGUGUUUAACUUGGAGUGCACUUGAUGUAUAGAACAGGAUGUGUGCAUUGAACAUAACAGUAUUUUUGUAGAAAGCUGUAUUUAUGGUUCCAUGUCAGGGUGUCAGAAGCACAGUUCUCACUGUAGUGGGGUAGCAGGUAUUUUUUCUCCUGAUGGUGACUGAAUUGGUCAGGAACUUGGCUGCCAGACAGGCGGUCAGGCUAAGAAGCAAUGAUAUUUUGCGGGUGAAGAUAUGAUAAAAGAGAGUGAGGAGCAGUAGGAUCUCAGUCUCUUCCCCGUGUUCAUAUUUCUUUUUUUCUUUUUGGAGAUCUUUUGGUCAUCCCAGGAGGAAUGGGCAGCUUACCACUUACUACCACAACCUUCUGCAUCUGAUCAGGGUUUUCGUCUUCCUGGACCUUUGGGAAAAAGGAGAAGGAAAGCACCCAACCUUUAGGAAGUUUCUUAUCAUGAACACUAGAAAGCUGAGUGAAGAGUCUCUUCCGUGUUCUCUCUUCUUCCCCCUUUUACCUGAGAUGCAAUGUGCAAGGGGGAUCAUUUCAUCCAGUUGCACAGAGUAAUGUUGGUUUUUGAAGAAUUCUUUAAACAUUGACUUACUUUUUAUGUGAUUGGGGAUGCAAAGAUCUGUGGGAGAUGAGAGAAUAAGGCCUCCAGGAGAGGAAAUGGCAAGGAAGCUGGCGAUUUCUCUAAAGGAAGCAAUGUUAUUCUCACCCCCGUGGCGUGUGGAAGCAGGCCUGGAAUUGGUGUGGUUGUGGGUCAUGGUCAUGACCAUGUGCUUUAAUGGGGCAACAAAAGGGGCAGAGAAUGGUUUUGCAGUGGCUCUUGAGUGACUUUCUGCAGUCAUCUAUAUGGUGGAACUUGAAAUUCAGCCAAUAUUUAUUGCAUCCUUACCAUGUACAGGAGAUGUUCUAGGUAGGGUGUGCAGCAUUGAACAAAACACAUUCUCUGCUCUUACAGAGUUUAUGUUUCUGUGGGAAAUGGAAUCAAUAAAUCAGAUAUAAAUAUAUGGGAAAACACUUUUCGGAUAGAAUGAGUGUUAUGAAGACAGUUCAUUGUGGGGGUGUGCCAGACAGGGUCUGAGGGAAGCUGGUUUAGGGCAGUCAGAGAGCUGCCAUGAGGGGGUGGUGUAUGAAGAAAGAUAGGAGUGAUGAGAAGCCAGUCAAGUGAAGAGCAUUCUAGGCAGAGGAAACAGCGGCCGCAGAGGCCCGGAGGCAUAAAUGAAUUGUGGAUGUUUGAAGAACUUGGAGAAGAGUACAAAAGGGCAAGCUAGGAGCAGAGGAAGUCAGUGAGCACUUGGAAGUGAAGAAGCAGCACAACCUCUUAUCUUGGAUAAUUUCUAGUGGACAGUAUAGCAGCAGCCUUCUGGGCCUCCGGUGCCCUUACCACAUUCUACACCCUUACGAACAGAAAGGACCUCUGGGAAACAGAUUCCUAAAAGUGCAGGAAGGGGAAGAAGUGGGGCCAGCAUUUGCUGCACAUGUCCUAAAGGUCAGGCUCGCUGUCUCGCUGUCCUUGUUACCUCAAUAAACUAGGUGGGCCAGCCAUGAGAGGGUACCUUUUGGCCAUCUUCCUGAGUGCUGUCUUCCUCUAUUAUGUGCUGCAUUGUAUAUUGUGGCGAACAAAUGACUACGGGGUGACACCUAUGGAAAUGAAGCAGAGAAAUAAGAUCCGGUCUUGUUUAUCAAAGCCAGCUUUUGCCUCUCUCCUGAGGUAUCAUCAGUUUCACCCUUUUCUGUGUGCAGCUAAUUUUAAAAAUACUGCUUCCUUCUACGGUAGCGAUAAGUUUGAUUUGCCCUAUGGGAUGAAAGCAUCAGCCACACACUUUCGACUUGCUCUUUGGAAACUGCCGAAUUGUGAUAUCUUUGAUGAGUUUGACAAUGUGCCAUGUAAGAAGUGUGUGGUGGUUGGUAAUGGAGGAAUUUUGAAGAAUAAGACAUUAGGAGAAAAAAUUGACUCCUAUGAUGUAAUAAUAAGAAUGAAUAAUGGUCCCGUUUUAGGACAUGAAGAGGAAGUUGGGAGAAGAACUACCUUCCGACUUUUUUAUCCAGAAUCUGUUUUUUCAGAUCCUAAUCACAAUGACCCUAAUACUACGGUGAUUCUCACUGCUUUUAAGCCGCUUGAUUUAAAGUGGCUGUGGGACUUGUUGACAGGUGGAAAAAUAAGCCCUAAUGGUUUUUGGAAGGAGCCAGCCUUAAAUCUGAUCUAUAAACCUUAUCAAAUCAGAAUAUUAGAUCCUUACAUCACCAGAAUGGCAGCUUACGAACUGCUUCAUUUCCCGAAAGUAUUUCCCAAAAAUCAGAAACCCAAACACCCGACCACAGGCAUUAUUGCCAUUACAUUGGCAUUUCACAUAUGUCAUGAAGUUCAUCUUGCUGGCUUUAAGUACAACUUUUCUGACCUCAAGAGCCCUUUGCACUACUAUGGGAACGCCACCAUGUCUUUGAUGAGUGAGAAUGAAUAUCACAAUGUGACUGCGGAGCAGCUCUUUCUGAAGGACAUUAUAGAAAAAAACUUCGUAACCGACUUGACCCAAGAGUAACCCUACAGACUCAGAAGAUAAUGCUAACAGUAUUAGUUUUAUUUUUAUACUGCAAUUUUUAGUUUAUUUUUAAAUAUGUUGGAUGUACUUGUCAAGAAAUUAUGUGUAUUAAGUCUGUUGCUGCCUGGUGAUUCAUAACCACCAGCUUAAUUUCUGUGAAUAUAUUUAAUUUAUGGAAACCAAGAUGUUAAGAUAUCAGGGAAAGUGAACUUUUCAUUGCCUUGUUUAAAAAUAAGCUAGUUUUCUGAGGUGUUUUUAACUAUAGUUAGUUCAUCUUAGACUUCUGAAGGGACGUUGACUUCCUAGUAAAUAAGGGGGGUUAGUUUACUACAACAAAUUUUGAAUGUAACAGGACAUUUUGAGAGGUUCAUCUGGCUACUGUAAAUUGGUAGGGAACUGGUGUGCAGCAGUUCCUUGAUGUAGUGUACUGGACCCACUUCAAGUGUAUAACUCUAGUUCCUUUUAGUUAUAUCUGAGGAACAGGACUGGAAUCUUAAACCAGACCUGACGCGUGGAUGGUUAUGGAAAUCUAAGAUCAUACUGGCUGAAUUAAGCAUUUUUCUCCUGCAGUUAAGUAAACCAUGAUUAUGAUCAGUAGUUUGGUAGAAUGAAGAUUUUUUUUUUCAAGUCAAAAGAAACAGGAUAAACAUGAAACUCUGGAUAAGUAAAUAACCAAAGACUGCAGUUCUUAAAGCGUGGUGACUUCAUUAUUUUAAAGAAAUAAAGUUUAUACAAAGAAGCUGAAGUAGGCAAGCUCAAGAAGGAGAAAAUUUGUAAGCAGUAUUUUUUGCCUGGCUUAUUAAUUCAUUACAUUUUCGAAGCUUAUUUGAAGUAAAGUAAAAAAGACAAGACAAGAAACAAAGAAGACAAGAACGAGUAAACCUUUAGAAGAGUCAAGCUGUUUCUGGAUUUCAAUGGCACUUUCAUGACAAAACCAGCUGUCCACAUGAUUCAGUCACAUCUUCAAAUGGAAAGCUUACCUAGGGUGCACCAGAAAAGACUUGUGGGAUGCAGACAAGCCAGUUGGACUAAAGUGUGCCAAAAAAGAAGAGGAGGAGAUGAGAAGAAGAAACUAGUUACAAGUUGGAUUAUAUGAGAACUGGUGCCACAGUUGACCUAAAAAUAUCCAACUCUUACUUAGAUAUUGCAGUUUAGGGAUUUCAAGUUCAGAACCAAAAGGCAAAGCCAGUAGGUAAUUUUUUUUUUUUUUAAAUAAACAGAACUUCACUGAUUUCUCUUAAGAGGGUUGAAAAGCUUUUAUUGUCCCACCUAAUCUAGUUGUUCUUUCUAAUCCUAUUAUCUGACAUGGUGUUUUCCCAUAACCCUCUUGCUCUCCAGGUAACAAUGUGGAGCCCAGGGAAAGAGGUUCAAGCUUUAUUACAUUCCACAGAAUUAUGGCCACAUUCAUAUUUAAAUAAGCUCAUUUUCUGCUCCCUCUUGUGGAUGGGAGGGAGAAGGGCAAAUGUAUACAUAACAUAUUUUCAAUUACGGUAUAAAUCUACUCGAACCAUUUCAACAGCAAAUAAACCCAUUGUUCAAUGCAAAGUGCAAAUAGCGAAACGUGAACUUAAAUAACUGGGCUAGACCCUGCAUACACAAUAGGACCUAUUUAGAUUUACAGCUUUUAAUACAAUAUAAAUCAGCAUUCACAAUAUCUUACCUUCAACUGUGCUGGUUCCUAAGAUCAAGUAACAGCGAAGUCAGUGUAAUUUUAUGAAACCUUAAGGGCCACAUUUCCUGUACCACUAUCUGAUUCUAUUUUUAUAACUGCAUUAACAGGAAAAAAUUUAACCCAGUAAGUCACAGUGACUUUUUUUUUUUUAACAUGUUUCAAGCAAAGAAUAAAAAAAUCAAGGGAAUUUUGUAAAAAAAUGGUUACCUUCACAUUUUCAGUUGUUACUUGAUUGUCUCCAAAGCUGUAUAUGUAUCAGACAUAGUAACAUUAAAAAAAAAAUUCUAAUAUGAAAACGAAUUAAAAAGUACAAACCAGAACAA